GCUCCGCUUGGAACAGGGCGCCAGGGAAGAUCGGGGAGGAAAAGGGACGUUUAGUUUGGUGAGUUACCGGGCGCCGCGUUGGCUCAGAUUCUGCACUUUGUAGCACUUUAAGGCUUGGCGUCGCGGUCGCUGUCUUCGCUGGAGUUUAUUUCAGACCCCACUUCGCCUUGCGGUGUUUGGGACUGACAAACCAUUAGACAGUGGCCAAGAGUGACAGGAUACAGUGAUCCUACUGUGAAAGAGAGUGCAUCAGCGAGUUCCGAGGUCUCCUACGGCCGGCCUGAGAAGGGCCUUUCCACUCCUGCCAGCCUCCGGAGGCUCCAGGGAGAGCUGGCUUCACUUGGCACGGACACCUGCUAAGCCGGUACCAUGAAAGAAGAGGUGAAGGGAAUUCCUGUAAGAGUGGCACUGCGUUGUCGCCCCCUCGUCUCUAAAGAGAUUGAUGAAGGCUGCCAGACAUGCCUUUCCUUUGUGCCCGGAGAGCCUCAGAAGCCAGAAGAAGGCAUGAGAUCCUAUGGAACUGUCGGUGUAAAUGGUUGUCAGCUGCCAUUCUUGAGCACUACUAUGCACAUGGCUUCUAUUUUGCCAGGAUACAAUGCAACUGUCCUGGCCUAUGGGCAGACUGGAUCUGGAAAAACGUAUUCAAUGGGAGGUGCAUACACUGCAGAGCAGGAACAUGACUCAGCCAUUGGGGUUAUUCCCAGGGUAAUACAACUGCUCUUCAAAGAAAUUAAUAAAGAGAGUGACUUCGAAUUUACUCUGAAAGUCUCUUACUUGGAGAUCUAUAAUGAAGAAAUUUUGGACCUUUUAUGUUCAUCUCGUGAGAAAGCUUCUCAAAUAAAUAUCCGGGAGGAUCCUAAGGAGGGCAUAAAGAGCUGGCCAGUCAGCUCUGAUAGCUCAGCUACUUUUAAGCUUGUGUAUUGUUCUCACUGUAUCUUCUGUUACCAUCACAGAAAUAGCAGUUUUCGUUCCAAGCUGCAUCUUGUAGACCUUGCUGGAUCAGAAAGACAGAAGAAAACCAAGGCUGAGGGAGAUCGUCUGAAAGAGGGUAUUAAUAUUAACCGAGGCCUUCUGUGCUUGGGAAAUGUAAUCAGUGCUCUUGGAGAUGACAAAAAGGGUAACUUUGUGCCCUACAGAGAUUCCAAACUGACUCGACUGCUUCAAGAUUCUCUAGGAGGCAAUAGCCAUACUCUUAUGAUUGCCUGUGUGAGUCCUGCUGAUUCCAAUCUAGAGGAAACAUUAAAUACCCUUCGCUAUGCUGACAGAGCCAGAAAAAUCAAGAACAAACCUAUUAUUAAUAUUGAUCCCCAGGCAGCUGAACUAAAUCAUCUUAAACAACAGGUCCAACAGCUGCAGGUCUUGUUGCUACAAGCCCAUGGAGGCACCUUGCCUGGAAAUAUAAAUGUGGAACCAUCAGAAAAUCUACAGUCCCUGAUGGAGAAGAAUCAGUCUCUGGUGGAAGAGAAUGAAAAAUUAAGUCGUGGUCUGAGUGAGGCAGCUGGUCAAACAGCCCAGAUGUUGGAGAGACUCAUUUUGACAGAGCAAGCAAAUGAUAAAAUGAAUGCCAAGCUAGAAGAACUCAGGCAGCAUGCAGCCUGUAAAGUGGAUCUUCAAAAGCUAGUGGAGACAUCGGAAGACCAGGAAUUAAAAGAAAACAUAGAGAUAAUUUGCAACCUACAACAAGUGAUUGCCCAGCUAUCUGUAAGCCAAGAUGAAGCUGUUGCUUGCAUGACUGCAACCAUUGAUACUGCAGGGGAAGCAGACACUCAAAUGCAAAGCAGCCCAGAUACCAGCCAGUCUUCUGAUGUUUUCAGCACUCAGCAUGCUCUACGACAAGCUCAAAUGUCCAAGGAGCUAAUUGAGUUGAAUAAAGAACUUGCAUUGAAAGAAGCCCUAGCUAAGAAGAUGACUCAGAAUGGCAACCAACUACAGCCCAUUCAGUUCCAGUACCAGGAUAAUAUUAAAAAUCUAGAAUCAGAAGUCCUCAGUCUACAAAGGGAAAAAGAAGAAUUGAUUCUUGAACUUCAAACAGCAAAGAAAGGUGUCAACCAAGCCAAGUUGAGUGAGCGCCGUCGUAAACGUCUUCAGGAGCUGGAGGGUCAAAUAGCUGAUUUGAAAAAGAAACUGCAUGAACAGUCCAAACUUCUGAAGCUGAAGGAAUCCACUGAGCAUACUGUCUCCAAGCUGAACCAGGAGAUACGGAUGAUGAAAAACCAACGAGUUCAGUUAAUGCGUCAAAUGAAAGAGGAUGCUGAGAAGUUUAGGCAAUGGAAGCAACAAAAAGACAAAGAAGUAAUCCAGUUAAAAGAACGGGAUCGUAAAAGGCAAUACGAGCUGCUCAAACUUGAAAGAAACUUCCAGAAACAGUCUAAUGUGCUCAGACGUAAAACUGAGGAGGCAGCAGCUGCCAACAAGCGUCUUAAAGAUGCUCUCCAAAAGCAAAAGGAGGUUGCAGAAAAACGGAAAGAGACUCAGAGCCGUGGAAUGGAAGGCAUUGCAGCUCGAGUGAAGAAUUGGCUUGGAAAUGAAAUCGAGGUUAUGGUCAGUACUGAGGAAGCCAAAAGGCAUCUGAAUGGCCUUCUUGAAGAGAGAAAGAUCCUUGCUCAGGAUGUGGCACAACUCAAAGAGAAAAGAGAGUCUGGAGAGAAUCCACCUCCUAAACUCCGAAGGCGCACAUUUUCACCAGAUGAAGUACAUGGUCAAGAUUCAGGAGCAGAGGAUUCUAUUGCAAAGCAGAUUGAAAGCCUAGAGACUGAAUUGGAGCUCAGGAGUGCACAGAUUGCAGACCUACAGCAAAAGCUCCUGGAUGCUGAAAGUGAAGACCAGCCGAAACAACGCUGGGAGAAUAUUGCCACAAUUCUCGAAGCCAAAUGUGCCAUAAAGUAUUUAGUUGGAGAGCUGGUCUCCUCCAAAAUCCAAGUGAGCAAACUUGAAAGCAGCCUGAAUCAGAGCAAGGCCAGCUGUAUUGAAGUGCAGAAGAUGUUGUAUGAGGAGAAAAAUCAUUUUGCUAAGAUAGAGGGAGAGUUAAAAGGAGAGCUGGUCAAAGUGGAGCAACAGCACCAAGAAAAGGUGUUGUACCUUCUCAGCCAGCUGCAGCAAUGCCAAAUGACAGAAAAGCAGCUGGAGGAGUCAGUCAGCGAAAAGGAACAACAGCUGCUGAGCACACUAAAAUGUCAGGAGGAAGAGCUUAGGAAGAUGCAAGAAGUGUGUGAGCAAAAUCAGCUGCUUCUCCAAGAAAACAAUGCCAUCAAGCAGAAACUGACCCUCGUCCAAGUAGUCAACAAACAGAAACCCCAUCUUAUGAGAAAUAUCCUCCAGUCUCCAGACUCUUCCUUUGAAUAUAUUCCACCUAAGCCCAAACCUGGUCGUAUUAAAGAAAGCCGCCUAGAGCAAAGCUUCACCAUCGAGGAUCUGCAGUAUUAUUCAGAGCCUUCUGUGUCUGAGCAGGACAAUGAGGACAAUGAUGACCAUGCUGAUGAGGAGUGGAUCCCAACAAAACUAGUCAAAGUGUCCAAGAAGAGCAUCCAAGGGUGUUCCUGCAAAGGCUGGUGUGGGAACAAGCAAUGUGGAUGUAGAAAGCAAAAGUCAGACUGUAAUGUGACCUGCAGCUGUGACCCCACAAAGUGUCGAAACCGCCAUCAGAACCAGGACAGCUCAGAUGCUAUUGAGCUAAACCAAGAUUCUGAAAACUCCUUCAAACUGGAAGAUCCCACAGAGGUGACUUCAGGAUUAAGCUUCUUCAACCCUGUCUGUGCCACUCCCAACAGCAAGAUCCUAAAAGAAAUGUGUGAUGCAGAUCAGGUGCUGCUGAAGCAGCCUGUGUUUGUCUCUUCUUCUGACCACCCAGAACUGAAACCUAUAGCAUCAGAAUCACAAGAAAAUAGGGCCCCAGGGAAGAAGAAGAAACGAGCUCUAGCCAGCAAUACCAGCUUCUUCUCUGGCUGCUCUCCUAUCCAAGAAGAGUCCCACUGAGGUUCAGGCCAGUGUCUCCUCUGUCUGCCCUGGACACACUCUGAGAGUGCAGCACAGAAGGGGAGGGCACCAAUGACUUCUGUAGUUUUAGAAAAGGAGAAAAGUGUCCCUGAAAGGAAGAGGACCUUUGCUGAGUGUUGGCCUUUACUAUCUAAGCCCUCAAACAACUACUCUGCUUCUCUAGGAGGUUCCAAGCCUUCUACUGGAGAGAGAACCCACUGAUCUUCCUGAUGACUGAAGAGGAACCAGUCCCCAGCACAAUCUAGCUCACUCUUGUGAGCAGUUGAAUUAUCUUUUCAUGGAGCUGAGGCUAACAUGUUCUUCUCUCCUGAUCACGUCAGCUUAAUGGAAGAACCUCGAGUACAAUGGAGACAGGGCUCGACUCCCUCACCACACCUCAGGAGUUGGGCAGGGAGCUUUCCUGCUCCAUUCCAACUCAGGACUUUACAAACCAUUCAACUGUCUGUCACUCAUGUUACUGAAGUGAAUGAAAUAUUUUUAAAAUGUUAAGAAAAUAAGAAAA